AUGCAAGACAAACGGCCUCCCAAUGCGUAUCUCCUAUUUUGCCAGGAGCAAAGGGAGAUCCUUGUGAGAACCGAGCCUGAUUUAACCAAUAGAUCAAUCAUGAAUAGAAUGGGAGAAUUAUGGAAAGAGCUCUCCGAAGAACAAAAGAAACCAUAUCAAGAAAGAGCGCGAGUAAUGCAAGAUGAGUUUCGAAAAAAAUAUCCGGAAUAUAAUUAUAAACAGAAGAAACCUAAAAAAGAAUUAACAGACAAGGAAAAAUACUAUUUGUUUGAAAAUUCAUUGCCUAUUGAUCCUUCUUAUUUAGUUGCUCUAGGUUUACAGACACUUUUACAGCAAUCAAACGCAUAUAAUGCUUCUUAUUUUGCAAACAUACCGGCGUUUUCACCAGUAUCAAUGCCUCCUCCACCGCCAUCAAUGAAUAAUAAAUCUCGAACAGCUACGAUGACAAGUUCAAAUGACAAAAAUCGGCCAAAAGAAAAUAUCACAGUACCAGCUAUGCCUCCUCCACCUGGAUCUUAUCCAAAUAUGCCUCCUCCAUCUAUACCAUCGAUGCCUCCGCCUUCAAAAGGAAUUCCUAACCAAGCAUCUUCAAUGCCAAGAAUUAACGAUUACGAUGGUAUUAAUAGAGUGCAGCAAGGUGUUAGAUUUUCAUCUGUUUCGGAAUUUUCGAUACCUACGAUGCCUCCUCCCUCAAAUACUGCACUUCCUACAAUGCCUCCACCAACUAAUGCCGGAAUUCCUCGAAUGCCUCCACCACCUCCAACAAGAACUCCGUCUAUGCCUCCUCCACCGCCUCGAUCGCCUUCGAUGCCACCACCACCGUCAUCUUCAGGAAAUAAUGGUCCAAUUAUUCCUAUGAUGCCUCCUCCUCCAUCUAGAUCACCAGCAAUGCCUCCACCACCGCAGUCAAGUAAUAACCUGCCAAUGAUGCCGCCACCACCCCAAAGGACUUCACCGAAAGUUGCUCCAAUUAGAUUUUAUUGA